AUGAAAGAACUAGAGCGCGAUCUCGUUCCGGAGUGGCGGCUCAAGUACUUAGACUACAAGGUUGGCAAAAAGAAGCUCAAGGCCAUCAGUCGGGCCCUCCGCAACGUAGAAUCCACCCCACGACUCCGGCGACGCGGCACCAACGUCCUCCCCUCGCCCUUUGAUGCGGCUCCGAAAUACACGUACCUCAAUCGCGACCAUGCGCGACAAGGCGAAACGGGCAGCACGAGAGACCCCGGAGACCUGAGGGCCCUUGCCAUAACGAACAGCCGGAGCCAGCACAGCCUGCAGCAGCGAGAGAAUGGCGACCGGACUGGACGCACACCCGAAGAAGAGCCAUUGACUCAGGGCGGGAGCGAUCGCCGAGACUGGGCCAACAACUACGGCAGCUUUGGUGGGAAUCUGUCUGGUGGCACGCAGAACAGCUCUGCAGCCAAAGCCAGAGCCCCGCCGUCUCUGAAGCUCCCUGGCGCAGCUCUCGAUCCCGACAAUGUCUCCCCACAAGUCGAAGGUGCGUCAGGCGCGUCACUGCGGAGGCAGAAGACAGUCAAGCUUCCGUCUCCUGUGGAAAACGAAGAUGGCAAUGACAACGCCUUCGAAAUCGGAAAGACUGUCUCGCCCAACAAGCAUCACAACUCGCUGCCAAACAGAUACAAGAGCGUCUUCACUCCCCAGCGCAUGAACUCCCUGCCAGGACCCAUCACCCAGCACAAGUCGCGUCCGUCAGUACGCCGAAUGUUCUCGCUAAGCAACAAGACACCUCCAGAUAGCCCGGGUGAUGUCCCACUCGAAGCCUACCGUGAUCUCGACUUCCGCCAAGCCGAGUUCUUCAACUUUCUUGAUGGCGAAUUGGAUAAGAUCGAGACGUUCUACAAGCACAAGGAAGACGAGGCUACCAAGCGUCUAUCUGUCCUCCGCGACCAACUUCACAUCAUGCGGGACCGACGUAUCGACGAUGUCAUCAAGCGCCAGACCGAUAAGAUGAACGCCAAGGCUCGCAAGAAGCAUGAUGGGAAAUAUGUCCUGAGCAACGGCCAAAAUAGCAGCUCAGGUGACGAGAAUCAGCAGGUCAACAAGACGAACGGAGGCACUCUCAAAGAUGCUUUCCUUAACCCCAUAGAUGCUGCAUUAGACGCCAUCAACGCGGGCAAGUAUGGGAAGAGCACCAAGAACAUAACACAGCUUGCGACGCCAGCAGCACUCCAGCCCAAAGACCACCCCGAUAGUCGCCGCGACUUUACCAGACGGCCCGAAUUGCCUGACGUGCCGUAUCAAACAGCGAAACGGAAGCUCAAGGUUGCACUACAAGAGUACUAUCGAGGGCUGGAGCUUCUGAAGUCCUAUGCGUUACUGAACCGGACUGCCUUCCGAAAGAUCAACAAGAAGUACGAUAAAACCGUCAACGCGCGACCGUCAUCGCGUUACAUGAACGAGAAGGUGAACCAAGCCUGGUUUGUGAAUAGCGAUGUAAUCGAGGGACACAUUCGAGCAACCGAGGACCUAUAUGCAAGAUACUUCGAGAAAGGCAACCAUAAAGUUGCCAUCGGGAAGUUACGCAUCAAGAUCGCACGAGCAGGCGAUUACACAGACAACACAUUCCGUAACGGUCUGCUGUUGUCAGCGGGUACCAUACUUGGCAUCCAGGGGCUCAUCAAAGCAAGUCAGAUAACGGAUUUGCAUGAUCCUGACGGCUCCGUGCUUGCGAUGAACACGAGCUAUUUACUGCAGAUCUACGCUGGAUACUUCCUGAUCAACUUUCUUCUUCUCUUGUUCUGCAUGGCGUGUCGGGUCUGGCACGAGCACAAGAUCAAUUACGUUUUCAUUUUCGAAUAUGAUACCCGCCACCACUUGGACUGGAGGCAACUUGCAGAGCUUCCUUGCUGGACUUUGUUCAUGCUUGGACUAUGUAUGCAAAUCAACUUUCAUCAGGUUGGGGGAGACAAUCUUUACCUCUACUAUCCGGUCAUUCUCAUCGGCAUAUCGGUUUUGCUGUUAUUCAAUCCUUUGAAGAUAUUUUACUUCCGUACCCGCAUGUGGUUGCUAUACUCGCUAUGGCGCCUGUUGCUCGCUGGUAUUUACCCUGUCGAAUGGCGAGACUUCUACCUCGGCGAUAUGUUCUGUUCCCUCACCUACAGCAUGAGUGGUAUCGCGUUGUUCUUUUGUCUCUACGCGCACGACUGGAACAACCCACCGCAAUGCAACUCAUCUCACUUGCGCAUUACCGGGUUUCUCAGUACGUUGCCAGGUAUAUGGCGAUUGAUGCAAUGUCUGCGUCGUUACAAAGACACCGGAAAUAAGUUCCCUCAUUUACUUAACGGCGGAAAGUACAUGGCGACUAUCCUGUUCUAUGCCUCCAUCAGCAUCUACCGCAUGGAUCAGAAGACGUCCACCAAGGCAGUCUUCAUACUUUUUGCAACCAUCAACGGCAUCUACACGAGCUUUUGGGACAUUUACUACGACUGGAGUCUCGGUGACCCGCAUGCCAAGCACCCAUUCUUGCGGAAGGAACUCGGAUACAAAAAGGUGUGGUGGUACUACACUGCCAUGUGCAUUGAUCCAAUCCUACGAUUCAACUGGGUGAUGUAUACUGUUACACCUCUGCAAUUACAACACUCGGCUGUCACCUCUUUCUGUGUCUCGCUCAGUGAGAUCUUCAGGAGAGGCAUGUGGUCCAUCUUCCGUGUCGAGAACGAGCACUGCACGAACGUUGGUCGAUUCCGGGCAAGCAGGGAUGUACCACUGCCAUACUAUGUACCCAUGGAUGCUGAGGUAGAGGAAGACCACACCUCGGGCAUUCCGCGCGGGCCUACACAGAUUGACGAGGAACAGCCUGAUGAGUAUCGUCCACGGACACCGACAGAGGACCAGGUUCGUCGUCCUGCUACAGCCACAGGAGCAGAACUUGGACAGUCUCAGUCGCCUGCUCGCAAGCGCCGCGGUCCCCUGGACGAAUUUCGCCCAUCUCCCCUGCAGCGCGCAUUUACACACGUCGGCGAUAUCUUCCGCGAUGCACACGCUGAGGACUUCGAGCGCAAGACAAAACCUGAGCUUGGUCAUGAUCCUCGCGAUGCGAACAAAAUGGAAGAAGACGACACAGAUGAUGAAUCGGACAAUGACGAGGAGCAGGAAGAGGUUCCAGACGAGAAUGGCAGCGACGGCGCGGAUAGCAGGAACAGCGAUGCAGAACUCGAGGUCGAUAACGAAGUCGAAGACGAUGAGGAGCAAAGUGCGUUGUCACGGAUACGCGAAGACUUUGCAAUCGGUGUGAGUGGUGCACGAAGCGACUGUACACAUCAAGAGUAA